CAUUCUGUAGUGUUGCUGUGGUUCCCAUAAGAGCGUGCCAUCUGCUGGCCUGUUUAGAAUUGUAUUACAACAGAAAUGGCAUCGCAAGGUUCACCAGUUUGUUGCUCUGCGUCCUCCCUUAAAGUUGCCACCCUCGUCCUUGGCUCCAUAGGGCUUGUUCUGUGGCCCACUGCCAUUGGCUUCACUUGCGGGUAUGGCUUCUACGGUUUAAAUGGAUAUUAUCCAACUCCCUUCGGAACAACAGCCUUAUCGAUCAUGAUCAUAGGAGUCAAUAUCGCUUACAUAUACCUGACUUCCCUCAUCAUCUUCAAUCUUACAGGAAGUCCUCGGUUAUCCCCUGAAAUAAUCCAGUCUGUGCGGAGAAACACAGCCCGUUUGGUGGCCUUCCUGUUGAUCGGGUUUGCUGGGUGGGUGAAUAGUGUCGUGUGGUAUGCCAUGUACGGGAUAGACUGGGAUGGUUGGUUCGUCUAUGUGACACUCUUCAGUUGUAGCUUCUCCUUCGUGUGGACCGCGAUGGUAGCAGGUGUGGCCGGGUCGCUCACGCACAUGUAUGUACCGGAGUAUGAGCAGACAGCCCCGAGAUCCUGCUCAGAUUUACGAUCCUGAAGGCCGGUUCCGAAGUGAGGUUUCGACCAGGUAUGAGGAGCAGCCAAGGGAACCUAUCUACGCGCACCCCAAACGGAACUCGGUCGCUGCCCCCGUGCACGGCCAUGUGGCUCCCUGGGCCGACCACAUGUAGUCACUUUCUUCGUCUUUCCUCCUCCACGCUAAGCGCAGGAACUUUUUACUGUUGUUAGAGCUUUCUUCAGAUGUGUUAUUUAGAUGAUUGCUUCUGCUUCUCUCUAUCUGUAUAUAUUUUUUUCAGUGUGUUGAUUUAAUGAUAUAUGUGAUAUGUUACAUUUAUGCUACAUUUAACAUUACUACCACAUGGAUAUUGAUGGAUGUAAAACACAGAUUUCUAUCUACUUGCUUUAUACAUUAUCAUUACAUAUAUUUUUCUUAAUAUGGCUGAUAGAAACGACAUUAAUUGUUUAGGUAAAAUGCUUAGUAAAAAGAUAGCAAUAGUUCUUUUUUAUAUCUUAUAAUACCUUGUCACACCAAAUCGUCUCCUAGAUCUACGUUGAUUCUGUUACAGAUUAUAUGUAAAAAAACGUUAAACUUCUACCUCUGGAUUUUUUUCCUGAAAUCAUAAAUCCCUAACUUGAAACACUGCAUCGAUACCCAAUUGUAUGUAGAAAAAUAUGUUUACACCGUCUUUUUCUUUUUCCUUUUUCAGUCAGAUUAUAUGUACAUAAAUCAAUACUUAGUAAAAUUAUACUUAAUCCAGACUGUAUAUUGAUAACAUCAUUGAAAAUAAAUUAUACAUGUCUA